AUGAGUAACUUCAUAGUUGUGGGAAACAAAACUAAACCAAAGACUACCAAUAGCAACUGGAUACUAAUGUUUUUUCAACGGACAACGAUCACACAUGUAAACAACCCAAGCUACUCUCUUGAAGCAUUCCGUUUCAGGUCUAUUUCGGAUUUGUUAAAUGUUGAAAGAUUGGACGACACAUAUCUGUUUGGUGACUAUUACUUACACUAUUUCAAAAAUUGUUGUGUGAACUUUGUUCAAAAUCUAUUUUUUAAGAUUGAUGGUUCUUGCUCUUUAGACGUGAUUUCUGAAGUAGUUGGAAAGGAAGAUCCAAGGAAUUUGGUUACCAGUACAGGCAAGGAAACCAAACGUAUGGUUGUUGUGUUAGAAGACUUGGAGAACAAUAGGAUUGGGUGUACUUUGUUUGGGGAGAUGGUGGAUCAAAUCCGACCACACCUUGAAGAAGGAAGUGUGGAACCCCUUAUUGUUGUGCUGCAAUAUUUCAAAACAUCCUGGUGGAACGGAAAAACCACUGUUCAGAACCACUUUUACAUCUCCAAGAUCCACAUUGAGAGGGAUUUAAAAGAGGUGGGAGCUUGGUCUGCGGCUGAUGAACUAAAGCAUGGGUUGGUUGGAGUGAAGACCAUCGAGGAGUCCCUAAAUGUUGCAAAGAAAGUGCCCAAAAAAGUUGAAACUUCUACUAUUGAAAGAUAUGAAUAUAAGGGUUGUGGACACACAGCAGGAACUGCCUCAAUCAGGUACAAGGUUAAGGUGAUUGUCUAUAAUGGUACUGGCAGUAUGACUUUGCUCCUUUGGGAUAGGGAAGCAAUUCAACUUUGCGAAAAGAGGGCAAACCAAAUCAAGGAAGAGGAAAAAAUUGGAUGUAAUGAUUUCGUCGAGAUCGUAGAAAAUGUGGCUGAUAUUAAGACUGAUAGCGAUAAUCUAUGUAUUCUGGAUGUUGUGGAAGAGGCUGUUUCAAGUCUCAAGUACAAGACCCCCGCUAAAAGAGCUCUCAAUGGUGUAAAGUCAAGUACAACAACAAUUAAUGAAAAUGAUGAAGAAUGA